AUGUCACUAGACAUACUGAGAAACCAAGUGCUGUCUAAUGCUGAUGGAGAAGAAAAAGUAGAAGUUAAUCAAAGACAUUUAAUUGACAAGAUCCUCGCAAGAUACUCCGCUGAAUUUGUAGUAUUCAGAGAGCUAAUGCAGAAUGCAGAUGAUGCAAAGUCAUCAAAAGUAGAGAUAAUAUUUGAAACGGCAGCAGGCAAAGCCGCAGGACAGCUAAACAUGAAAAACAAAUGCACUAGAAUACUUUUCAAAAACAAUGGCUUUGUCUUUAGAUCAGAAGAUUGGAAUAGAUUGAAAAAAAUAGCAGAGGGAAAUCCUGAUGAGCAAAAGAUUGGUGCAUUUGGUGUCGGAUUUUACUCACUGUUUUCUGUAUGCGAAGAGCCAUUUGUUUCUUCUGGUGGACAUGGAAUGGCGUUUUAUUGGCGUGGAGAUCAACUAUUUGCUAAGCGAGGGCCAACGGAUUCCAACGACCAAUGGACAACGUUUCUGAUGGAUGUUAGAGAGCCCAUGGAGAUUCCAAAUCCUGAACAGUUUGGAAGAUUCCUAGCGACAUCGAUAGGCUUUACUGGAAACCUUUGCGGAAUAUCUGUGUACAUAGAUGACACAGAAAUUCUAAAACUCUCUAAGAAAAUGUCUGAUUCACGUGCAAUGGAUAUAGCAAGUGGUCUAAGUACAUACUCGCCGCGUAAAAUGUUCCACCUCAAAUCAGUUGACGUACGAAAUGUGCAAAUAGACGUUGAACGCCUACUCGUGACAUCAUCCACGCGUACAGCUGCAAGUUGUCCAAAAGAGAAUGGGACUAUUUUUCUUCGUAUUGCGGCUGGGCAUUUAGACGUAAACGUGACGAAGGCAUUCUCGGCGGAGAUGGAACGUAGUACUAAAAAGAAACCACCGAGCAAGACUAUGAUACAAAUGUUGUUUUCAGGAUUUGAUGAGCAUAAUUCUUCAGCGGCUGAUAAUAACCAAAAGAAGGCUUCUAUUGGUAUAUUUAAGGAUCUCUUGCCAUAUCCAGAACAAGGAAGAAUAUUUAUUGGUUUCCCGACGCAUCAGACGACUGGAUGUUCAUCUCACUUGGCAGCGAGGGUUAUUCCUACGGUCGAACGCGAGUCGAUAGAUUUGGUAGACAAGACAUUAGCUGUCUAUAAUGAAGAAAUGUUGUCAAUAUCAGGAGUACUUUCUCGUGUUCUAUAUGAAGACGAAAUGAACCAGAUCUCCCGUCUUUAUAAAGAAAUUGUAGGCAAUAACGCUGAUUCAAAUGACGAAGCAAUACGCUCAGCUUGUGAAUGGUUUCAAAAACGAGCUACACAUGCUCUAAUACACUUUACCUUUCGCCCAAGCACCCCCAAUAAUCGUGUCGGCAGAAUUAUGGAAACAAUAUUCUUCGCCUGCUCGAAGCAACCACUUCCUAUUAUUUCGUCUCUAGGCGUACUCCCCAUUAACGUAAUUAGACUACCUAAUCAGGACAUGGAAAAAUUCAUAAAGAUUAUUCCGACUGUUCCAAAGAAUGUUCUAAAAGAAUGUGAUACUUUCUUUAAGAAGGCGAAAGAGCAGAAAAUGAUUGGAGAGAUUACAUUGGACGAUAUUUUGUUUACUGAAUUACAGAAUAGAACUUUUACCGAAACAGAAAUGACCAGUUUGAUGAAGUGGUGGAUUGAAUAUAGUGCGAAAAACCAUACGAAGGACGCGGAUAGGUCGACGUUUUUAGAAUUUGCAAUUCUUGCGUGGGAGGAUAAUGCUUCGUCGCUGGCCAAGUUUAACUAUUUCUUGAACCCCAAAUUGAUACCGCCAAAUAAUGAUUUUCCUGACGAUAUGUUGCCUUAUAAUGUUUCCAAAUCAUUUAAUAAGAAUGAGCUCGGGAAACAUUUUGGAAACUACAAAGAACUCUCAAUUCUGGCCUGGGUGAAUUUUAUACUCAAAACACCAAAACUUCAACAGCUUGAAUCGGAUACCGUUUUCGCUCAAAACUUUAUUAGAAUCCUUGGGCGUUCCCUUGCAUCUCUCUCCUCUUCGGAUCAAAAUACUCUUCGUACAUUAUUAUGUCAAAAGAAAGUGAUUCCGACCAAAUUUGGAAUGCGCAUUCCUGAAGAGGCCUACUUCUCGUCAGUGACUCUUUUCCCGGAUUUGCCGACAGUUGAGCUCCAAAAUCCUCCCGAAAAACUGCUUACUCUUCUUGGUGUGCGCAAGCACGUCGAGCUGCAGUUGAUAUUUGAUCGUUUAGUUUCUCAGGGAAACUGGGAUCAUACACAAUUAGUGAAGUACUUGGCCUCUAUAUCAAACAAUUUGAAACCGAUCGAAAAGAAAAGAUUGGAAAUUACUGCGAUCUGGCCUCGCGAGCAGGAGCAGGAUAAUGGAAAGGCGGAUGAGAACGGAUCUGCGGAAAGGGGUGUCAAGAGAUAUUUGGCAUCAGAGUUAUAUGCACCUUUGCCCGAAUUGAGAGAAUUUCAACUGCCGUUUAUCGAGUGGAAAGGGAAAUGGAAGAAUAAUUCGAGCGAAGCCAAAUUCUUAAUAGAUCUCGGGCUCCGUACCUAUCCGCCCAUGGAUGAUAUUCUCUCGUUGGCUGCUCCCCCAACGAAAAUCGAGCUUCGACGCAAAGCUCUCCAUUAUUUCAUGGAGAAAUUCAAAGCUCACUACGCGACCGGGUACCAUUCUUAUUCUAUAACCAUACCAUUUCUUCCCUGCACUGACUCUUCAAUUUAUUCCACACCUUCCGACUGUUAUGUCAAUUCCGCAUGUACGGUCAUGGGAUUCAACGCUUUACAUCAAGACUUAAGCUUCCGUGCCGCAGAGUUAGGCAUAGAUCAACAUCCGCCAAAGCAAAAAUUAAUAGAAAGAUUGCGUGGCAAGCUGUCUCGGAACGAAGACGAAGCGAGAAAGGUGUUUGAAUAUCUUGCAACACAACGGGGAAUAUUUUCACAUGCAGAUUGUGAGAUGUUAGGCAAUGUUAAAUUUGUUCCGAUUAGAGAUAAAGAGAAUAAGAUUGUGUAUACUAAUCCGAAUAGUUGUUUCUUUAAGAGUCAGGAUGAGAGUUAUAGGGAUUUCUUUUCUUAUAUCGACUUUGGUGAAAAGGCAAACGUAUUUCUUCGGUCAUGUGGCGUAAAAUCAGCUCCAUCUCCCAUAGAACUCGCUCGGUUACUCGUCCGUUCUUCAACCGAAUUUUGGACGAAAAUGGGUGACGAUGUUGAGAAAUAUACCGGAGUUCUGCGUAGCAUUGCUGCAAAUUUUGAUUUAAUAAGUCGUGAAUCUGAAUUGGUUGCUGAGAUGUCACGGUCACCUAUUUUGUUGGGAAUUAGGGUGCAAUCUUCUAAUAGAGGGACGGAUGAUGCAAUCAUGGAUGAAGAUGGAGGUGGAGAUGAAGUUAAUCAUUACGCCUUGGCAACGGCAAAGAAUAUUUUCUUGAAUGACGAUCCGAAUAUUUGGAGAGCUUUUAGUGUUUUGACAUGUCCAGUCGAAGAAUUGCUUGAAAAUUUUUACGAGAAACUUGGUAGUUGUUGGCUAAAACGGAGCGUACAAACCUCAUACAUUCCGAAAGGCGAAGCAAAAAAUACACCCAUGUCCACAACGCUCGAAAACUUAAUCAAAGAUCGAGCGGCACUCUUCUUCCAUGAACGCCAUCGUAACGAAAUGCGUCAUGACGCCUUAUGGAUACAACAAAAUAUCCACGUUAAACAGGUCCAAGAAAUACAAACACGUUACCUCCUAACAUCAACAAAACAAACAAAAACAGAGCUGACAACUUCGUGUUUUCUAACGAGGGGGAACACGCAUACAUUAUACAUUGCUGGACAAGAUCUUGAUUAUUUGGACAUCGCCUACAGUUUGAGUACUAUUAUCUACAAGAAGCCGAGAUGGAAUGAUACGCUACUUUUGAGCUCGGUGUUGACCACUCCAUUACAGAGUCUGAAAAGAAAGGGAUAUCCGGUGGAAAGGAUUAUGAGAGCCAAGAGAGAAAGAAGAGAAAAAAUUAUAGUUGAUAAACCGCAGAAUUCGACAAUAACUCCACCGGCGCAGCCGCAACAUGCUAAUACGGAUUAUAUCAACAGACUUCAGGAGAUCUUUCCCGACGCUGAUCGUGCCUACUUAUCCACACUGGUUUCAGCAGAAACUGAUAAUCAUGUUGAGCGUGUUACAAACAAACUACUGGAAAGCGGCUACCCCAAACAACGAUCUGCUGAUAAGCCAAAGUCAAUAAAUGGCUGGUUUGAUAAAGCUAAAGGCUAUUUUAGUGAUAAUACACAACACCAGGAUGUAGGCAGUUCAAAGGGUAAAAAGCCGAUGGCGGUAACAUCGGAAGAUACAAAUAAACUGAAGGCAGCUUUACACAGUGCCGUGAUGGCCUGUAGACCUAAUUCGGGAAUUGCGAUCAACAAUCAGGCAACAGUUAAUCAGGUAGUUGAGAGUGCAAGCCAUUAUUGUGAUGUUGUACCUGGUCAUUCACUAAAUUUCAUAGGCCCUGUUAAUGGAAUGGAAGUUUAUGCAUCGAGGGACAUUGUGCAAGCCGAAGUCAUUGGUAAUCCACGCAUAAAGCACCUCGUCAAAUUCAUCGGACUUCUCAAAGAGCUGUCCGACGUAUUCAAACUGCCAACGAAUGCAGUGCAUGUUUUCUAUGAUCCUGUUGGAGAGUCGAUUGCAUUUAAUCGCGAUCGAGCACUGUUUUUCAACUUGCACUUUUAUGAGGGUUUGCAUGGUUCGGAUGGUGAGAAAUGGAGUUCCGAUUCCAUGAUAUAUUGGUUCUUUUCGUUUUGUCAUGAAUUGGCCCACAAUUUUGUGAAGGUACAUAAUUCGGAGCACGAGUAUUUUCUCUCGUCGUUUGCCAGAAAUUAUACAUCAGCUUUGUUGAAGAAAUUACAGCAGCAUAAAUUAAUAUAG